AUGAACCCGAGCAGCUGGGAGACGCUAGACAACGAAUUUGACACGGAGGAUCAAGCUCUUGGUACCACAGUGAUGCUGGCUGAGGAUGAUGGCUCGUUGUCGAAGCAGAUUAUCGUGGAUUACUUCACUAGCGACGGACCACGAACCAGGAGACUCGACUCGAGCGAUGAACCAGAGAGAAAUAUUUUGGAUGAAAGCAGUGGAGACGAAGAGUUACGAGAGUCUAGAGAAAUUCCGGAAAGGUUGGAUAAAGUGCAUGGCAUGAAGACGAGUUCUCCUGAAAAAGUUAAAGGGGAGAGGACAAACGCAUCAGUAGAUUUAUUGGAGGAGAGAAGACACUGGGUAGUAGAAGCAUUAUUUACUUGGGAAAUCGUGCAAUCAGUGCUUGUGGUGCUAGUAGCACUUGCGCAGUAUAUGUGGAUGUGGAAUUUGGUGGAACUUAGUACUUUGGGUCUGGAAUCCGGACACUAG